CUACAAAAGAAGUUAGUACAUGUACACUCUUGAAACGUUUAUAAUAGCUAAAUUUCUUGAACAGAAUGCAAGGAAUAAGUCUUAUACUUUUUGGGAUACUUAUUCCAAUUGUUGCGGAAACGACAAAAGUUCUUUUGAGGCCAUAUAAGAAACUGAUGAUAUGCGGAGAUGGAAAUGGUCACGAUACACUUUCGCCUGAUGAGAUUCAUUUCACAUGCAAACCAGGUCCUGGCAAAUUCGUGAAAUGUAAAGACAUUUAUACAUCCAUAAAAAGGCCUUUUCAGUGUCCCGGAUACGGUUAUGUCUCAGGUUGGGACCUUGUUGGUUCAGACAUCAAGGUGCGAUGCUGUAUGGAACCAGGUAUCAAGUAUAGUCACAAAGAUUGCAGAAGCCAUUUCAAUAAAGAUGUUACAUUUGGACGUAUUUAUCGAGUGGACAAAGGCAAAGUAAUUACUGGAUUUAAGACAUAUGAUGGCGGGGUCACGUGGUUCAACUAUGAAUGCAGAUACAACACUAGUCCAAAAUUGCAUUUCGUGAACUUGUAUUGAAUUGUAUGUUGUGGACAGAAUAACAGAAUAUCGA